CUGUCGUCAUAUCCGGUUCCCCCUUCUCAACGCUAACUACAUCAGGCUAAAUAUCGGGAGAGAGUUUAUAGUUUUCAUCUAUUUUAAAGAGAAAGUUUUGUUUUAUAAUCUUCGUAAAAUGAUCGAAAAAUAUUCAAAUCAUUUAUACUCGUUUGGUUGAAUUGUUGAUAUUUUCUUUUGGAGUCUGUUUCGUACUUUGGUAGCUUCCUGCUAGCAAGUUGGGCUAACUGUUCAUUCAGGACCAUGGCAAGUGCAUCCAGUGCAAACCUGAAUGCUGUCCGGGAGACUAUGGACGUUUUACUUGAGAUCUCCAGGCUGCUCAACACUGGCUUGGAUAUGGAGUCACUCUCCAUCUGCGUGAGAUUGUGUGAGCAGGGCAUCAAUCCAGAAGCUUUGUCUUCGGUCAUCAAGGAGCUGAGGAAAGCCUCAGAGACCCUCAAGGCUCCUGAAAACUGCACAAACUAAAGAUGGAACUCACUUUGGUGUCCUAACUGGAAUGCAUUCGUUUCUUUUCCGUCUACCAUUGAAACUCCAGCCAUUUCAUCCUCUCUCGUACCUCCUGUUGCCCUUGGAUGCAGAUGUCAAUCAAGGUGAACCCCUUAAAAAUAGCACUAUCAACUAGUUAUGAAUUGCAAACGAACAUUUGCCAUCUAUGAAGAGACAUUUUUUUUAUGAUGUUUUCUUUUGAAUGUUACAAAAGUCUUUUUUUCCCCCCAUGUAUAGCCAUAUUUCGUGGACGUUCAGAUUGUGUAUAAAUGUCAAAAUCAAAAUGCAACACAGUCGAAGACCACUAGGCGGUGCUGUGACACCCUUCUUCCAAUCUUUUGAGGUUCAGUAUGUGCAAGAGAUUGCUCAUUCAGACGUCUAUUUGUUUACAAAUCAUAUUUUCACUAUUGCGCAAGAUUAAGAUUGCAGAGUUUUUGUUUUCAUUCUGUAACAUCAAUAACUAGAUGCCUUCUGUUUGUGUUACCAAAAAGCAGGUAAAGAUAUUUUAAAGUUCAGUGCAAAGAGCCUGAUGCCGAAUCCAUCCCGUAAAACAUUGUGGUAUCCGCUACUGUUGUGAUGAUUGGGCAAAAAUAAACUAGCAAUUUGA